AACUACCGAAGUGGCUGCCGGGAGAGGGCGGAACAACAGGAAGUAAACAUUGACGGACCGAUCUCGUCUCUGUCGCAAGCCUUUGGGGUCGGCUGUGGCCGGACUGGAGGGGUCCAGAUAACCAUGUCAGCUGCAGCUGUAGAUGCAGUUAAUACGGCCCCCCUGUCGGGGUCCAAAGAAAUGAGUCUGGAGGAACCAAAGAAGAUGACCAGAGAGGACUGGAGAAAGAAGAAGGAGUUAGAAGAGCAGCGGAAACUGGGAAAUGCUCCUGCAGAAGUUGAUGAAGAAGGAAAAGACAUCAACCCUCAUAUACCUCAGUAUAUUUCUUCAGUGCCAUGGUAUAUUGAUCCAUCAAAAAGACCUACUUUAAAGCACCAGAGACCACAACCAGAGAAACAGAAGCAAUACAGCUCAUCUGGAGAAUGGUACAAGAGGGGUGUAAAAGAGAAUUCCAUAACUACUAAGUACCGCAAGGGAGCAUGUGAAAAUUGUGGGGCCAUGACACACAAAAAGAAAGACUGCUUUGAGAGACCUAGGCGAGUUGGAGCAAAAUUUACAGGUACUAAUAUAGCUCCAGAUGAGCAUGUCCAGCCCCAGCUGAUGUUUGACUAUGAUGGGAAGAGGGACCGGUGGAAUGGCUACAAUCCAGAGGAACACAUGAAAAUUGUAGAGGAAUACGCCAAAGUUGAUCUGGCAAAACGAACACUGAAAGCCCAGAAACUCCAAGAAGAAUUAGCCUCAGGGAAAUUAGUGGAACAAGCUAAUUCUCCAAAACACCAGUGGGGAGAAGAGGAACCAAAUUCUCAAACGGAAAAAGAUCAUAAUAGUGAAGAUGAGGAUGAAGAUAAAUACGCAGAUGACAUUGACAUGCCUGGACAGAACUUUGACUCUAAGAGGCGAAUUACUGUCCGGAAUCUCAGGAUUCGAGAAGAUAUUGCAAAAUAUUUGCGGAAUUUAGAUCCAAAUUCUGCUUACUAUGAUCCCAAAACUAGAGCAAUGAGAGAGAAUCCCUAUGCCAAUGCAGGAAAGAAUCCAGAUGAAGUGAGCUAUGCAGGGGAUAACUUCGUUAGAUACACAGGAGAUACCAUUUCAAUGGCUCAGACACAGUUGUUUGCUUGGGAAGCCUAUGACAAGGGAUCUGAAGUGCAUCUGCAGGCCGAUCCUACAAAACUAGAGCUGUUGUACAAGUCCUUCAAAGUCAAAAAAGAAGACUUCAAGGAACAGCAGAAAGAAAGCAUCCUGGAAAAGUAUGGUGGCCAAGAACACUUGGAUGCCCCUCCAGCUGAAUUGCUUUUAGCUCAGACUGAAGACUAUGUGGAGUACUCAAGACAUGGGACAGUCAUCAAAGGACAGGAGAGGGCUGUCGCCUGCUCUAAGUAUGAGGAGGAUGUGAAGAUCCACAAUCACACACAUAUCUGGGGAUCUUACUGGAAAGAAGGCCGAUGGGGAUACAAAUGCUGUCACUCCUUUUUCAAGUAUUCCUAUUGCACUGGAGAAGCUGGGAAGGAGAUUGCUAAUUCAGAGGAAUGUAUUAUAAAUGAUAUAACUGGAGAAGAAUCUGUAAAAAAACCUCAAACGCUCAUGGAGAUGCAUCAGGAAAAACUAAAAGAAGAUAAAAAGAAGAAAAAGAAGAAGAAGAAGAAGCAUCGAAAGAGCAGUUCAGAUAGUGAUGAUGAAGAAAAGAAACAUGAAAAAUUGAAAAAGGCCCUGAAUGCAGAGGAAGCCCGCCUUCUUCACGUCAAGGAGAUUAUGCAGAUUGAUGAGAGGAAGCGGCCUUACAAUAGCAUAUAUGAAACUCGGGAACCCACUGAAGAGGAAAUGGAGGCCUAUAGAAUGAAACGUCAGAGGCCGGAUGACCCCAUGGCCUCCUUCCUUGGACAGUAGUAGCUAGUUAUAGACAGUCACCCAAGAUAGACACAUAGAUACAUUCUUUUCAGCUUCUUGCUGAUAAUUGUAGGUGGAAAACCCCUUGACUACUCUUUUUGCUGCCUGACUUUAAUAAAGCUUCCAGAAGUC